CCUGGUGACCGAUACUUCUUUCCCCCAUCUUCCAUAUUCUUUCAAUAAGUCCUCAUAUUCUAGUACUUCACAUUAAUAUGAUGCUGUCACAACGACCUCAACACCUAGGCCUAUCGCAGCUAGCUCAAAGAAAUCCAUUUCUGCUAUUUCUUCUUGAUAUUCUUCAUAUUCCACACAAGUAUGGGCGCGGCCGCCCGCAUCACUCCGGCACUAGCAUCCUUGACCUCUCAUCCAGCGGGAGUCGGAGUGCAUGCGCCUAACAAGGAACCACCUGAAAAAAUACUUCUUCAGAAGUGGUGAGGGUGAGCGUAACCCCGAAGACGAUUCAAACCUCUCUGCAAUUGCUGCGAUGUUGUAGUUGCGACUAGGUUUGUCAUAGAUUAUCGUCUUCAGCUCGCACACAGCAAGUUCAUCAUCAUCGUCAAGCAUUGAAACUCCUUCAGGACGUAUUUUAGGUCGAGGAGUGGCACGACAUCAUCAAGCGUUGAAACUCUUUCAGGACUUAUUUUAGGUCGAGGAGUAGCACGACUAUUAGGAGGUGGUGCUCAACGUCAAACUCAACAUCCUCUUCGACUACAUCUUCAAGAAGCGCCACGCCUACUUCUGAAGACAAUCCUCCCAAGAACACAAUCCUACUCAACCUCGACAAACCUUACUAGAGACAACAUUCACCUUGUGCUAGCCGCUUCUUCUGGACGCCAGGUCGUACCAUGUCCAACAACAAGAUGCAGCUUCCUAACAGCAUGACAAGCGAAAUCAGCACCACUGCCGCCUGUAGUGACAGUGCGGGAGACCGGAACAUCAUCGGUGGCGUCUUUGCAUUAGUUAAGGCAACGAGUCAACAGCAGUAAAUUAGAAUUGUACUAGUACAAGCAGUAAAUUAGAAUGAUGUUUUUGGCUUAUACUUCCAAGUGUAAGUACUAGUUGAUAACUACCCUUUUCUCUUUUCUAUCUUCGUCUGGUCUUUCUUUUUUCUAGUUAGGUCUGGUGCUCCACCACGCUAAUACUUCCAAGUACAAAACUUCAAUGAUCACUACGGGGGGGUGUUCUGAAGAACAGUGGAAUGCACCUACUUAUCGCUUUAUUAACCAAUCUCAUCUAACUUGUGCAAGAAACUUGGCAGUGGGUCAUUUGGGGAGAUCUAUUGGUGUGUGCACACACUGACCCAAGAAGAAUACGCUGUCAAGAUAGAACCGUCAGAUUGCAAACAUCCGCAGUUGAUGUAUGAGGCGAAAUUGCUGAAACAUCUGCAGGGAGGUACUACUUGUACUACUUACUAACUACUACUUUCAGUACUAGAUGUAAAUGAUGUUGUGCUAGAAGUUAUUGCAUGUCGAAGCCGAAAGAACUUAUAAAUAUAUAUGUACCAGGGAGGGAGGCCCCCUUAAUAUAAUUUGAUAUCUGUAGUCCAAGCUAAGGCCAACUGCUUCCAAUCUGAAGAGCUUCUUCAUCGUCCCUAUUGAUUCGCUCCCCCACGAGGAAGUGAAGAUACGUACCAGGUCCCGGCAUCGCACAAGUGAUCUACAGCGAAUGCGACGCAGAACGCAAUGUCAUGGUCAUGGAUUUGCUGGGACCUUCGAUAGAGGACCUAUUCAAUUUCUGCAAUCGAAAAUUUUCCCUUCGAACAGUCUGUUUGAUAGCAGAACAGCUCAUCUCAAGGGUGGAGUAUUUGCAUUCCCGAAAUUUCGUGCAUCGAGAUAUAAAGCCGGACAACUUUUUGAUCGGGAGAAAGCGGAAAAGCGUCAUCUACAUGAUAGAUUACGGACUAGCGAAGAAGUACCGAGACCCGAAAACGCAUCAGCACAUAGCGUUUAGAGAAGGGAAAAAUUUGACGGGGACGGCUAGGUACUUAUCAUAAGGUAUCCACAGAUUAGAUUCAUCACGUUUACCAUGAUCCGACUUGUCAUUCGGAUCUAGAUCAUCAUCAUCACUUCUAUAGGCUGACAGUGACACCGUCAUUCGGAUCUGGAUCAUCAUCAUCACUUCUAUACCGUAUUUAGAGUAAGGCCAAUAACGGGCUCCUUCUAGUCGGUGGCGGUCUUUCUGCUUCUCUCCCUUUUUUCUUCGGAUGCGUGGCCAAUGAAUCUACUUCGGGGGUGAGAGCGAGUAGCCCCCGUCUGCUUCAUAGGGCGGCGCGUCCAGCCUUGCUUGGGUGUGAGUAGACUAGUAGGCACUCAAUAGAAGUGAUGACGAUGAUCCAGAUCCGAUCUGAGUAGACGAUAAGCUAUAUCCACAGAUCGGAUCUGGAUCAUCGUCAUCACUUCUAUAGGCUGACAGUGACACCGUCCACCUCCCCCAUUGAAUUGAUGGGGAUCAUACUUCUACGAGUACGAAAUUUUUUAGGUACGCCUCCAUCAAUGCACAUACUGGAUGCGAGCAGAGUAGAAGAGACGACUUAGAGGCGAUAGCGUACGUUCUCGUCUAUCUCUAUCUCGGACAGCUGCCAUGGCAAGGUAUAUUUUUAUUUUCUGUUUGUGCAAGUGAAACGAGGACUUCUACUACGUGUUCGUGGCUGAAUAUCCCAGCAUCGAUCUCUUUCGUUUCCUAGUUGUAUCCUAAGAACACCACAAAUAUUCCCUCUACACUACUCCUACGUCGAAAUGAUAUUUUACCAACCACCAGGCAUCAAAAUGCAAAGCAAGCAGGAGAAAUAUGCAAGGAUACGAGACAAAAAGAAGAGCGUAGGCGUAGAACACCUCUGCAGAAACUGUCCGCCACAGUUCGCUAGCUAUUUGAGCUAUUGCAGGAAGUUAAAGGUACUUGUACUAAAAGUGCUUCGAUGUCUUUUUUUCUAUCGCGUGCUGACGUUUGAAUUAAGAUGAUGAACGUCAUGAUGAACGAUUACCAAAAAAAAAUACAGUUCGAGGAUCGACCGGACUAUGCUGCGCUGCGACGGCUUUUCAGGGAUAUAGCAAGCGCGGAUAGCACUUGGUGUCCGUUGGAGGAGGGUGAAGACCCAAACGCUUUUGACUGGGAAAAAAUUAGCGGGUAUUUCUACCGUGUGAAACUGAAAUUCAAAAUCGUCUGCCUUAGAGGAUUUAAUAAUAAUUGAUCCAGUUGUUAGAAUAUAAGUAUUCUAGUCAUCUAUUAUACGGUAUCAAUCGAUCUCGCCCUCAUCAGCUUCGACAGUCGGAUGAAGUUCAAUAAGCAUGGUCUUAGCGGCGCGCAUGGCGGGAAAAUGGAAAGCUCAAUGCUAGUGAGGGAGCACGAUAGCCAACCGCUCACGACCAAUUUGCGGUUUACCGAACCGAUAGAUGAGAACCAAGCACAACUUUUAAGGCGACAUCAUUCAAAGUCAAACAAUUUGAGUUAUAAGUAGAAACUAAGAUCACUGAAGAGGACACUCUCUCUCUCUCUCUCUCUCGUGUAGAAGUCCUUCUCUAAACCGAGGAGCAGGCGCAGAGGAUCGUGACGCAACGAAGCAAGCACAAUUGGUGCACCCGAAUAACGGACAAAAAACAAGACGGCGUAUGCUCUGCUGUCGAGGAUAAGAAGAUCUAUUUUAAUAUAUAUAGGCAAAGAUCAGGAAGGAUGUGAAUUAUGUGAUGUCACUGCUUUCAUAAUCAUGCUACUUAGUAAUAGUACUAGUAGUAGGGAAGGCAACCCCAGUUCUUCAUAAACUAAUACCAACACCAAGGCACUAAUACCACUUGGUCCAAGAUACUGAUAAAACUAACUCUAGCCCACAUCAUUCAUCAAUGGCAACGCUGGCCAGCUCGUGAAUGUUUCUCUUGGUGACUUUAAUGCUUAGUACUAAUAGGAUGAUCUACUUUCUUCAUCCUCUCUUGAUGAAAACACACAUAAAGACAAUAUAGGUUCAUUUCGAAAGAUUCAGAGUGUAUCUACUCCUACGCGAGCAAAGCUUUCCUGGCUCUCCUCCACAUCAUAGUUAUUAUAGAUUGGUUUUGGUAUCCCCAAUCUUCCGAAUCAUGGUCAUAUCAUACAACCUGCAGGGCUAGAGGCGUAGGCGCAAAUUCGCGAUAAUGGGUCUUUGCCUGAGCAGUUCCUGCUGCCUUUCUAGAAGGUUUUGUACUAAUCUAAGAACCAUUACCAAUGUUGACAACUACGAUUACGCACUACGAUUACGCAAAAAAGAAAGCAAAGCAGAAACUACUUGUUAUUGUUAACUAUUGAUGUUUUAUCUCGUCUCAAUCUCGGCAACGCUUCUAAGGUUUAUGUUUAAGUACACAGACAUUAAUCAAUAGUCGGUCCUAGGAAGAGAUGGCAACUUUUGUGCCCGGCGAUGUCGUCCAAAGACAUCAAAGUGUAAUUCCUAUUAUGGUAAGAUAAUGUUUAAUGGACGCAUCGCGGGCGCUCUUUUUUCUGGAUUGUAAAAUCAACUUCUUCUAUCUAGAUCAUAGAUGAACAUGAACUACGUGCAGCUUAUUUAAUGAUACUUUUACUUAGGACUAUCGAAAUUAACAGCCAUUUUGUUGUUCAUCUGGAAUAUCCCGAAGCCGGAUAAAACAAGAGCGCCAUUUUUGUGAUAGAAGAACAAGCACAACCCAAUGCCAGCAUAAAUUCGAUAGUCACACCAUGCCAAGUCAGUAUUGAAAUUUCGAAGUAUCGAAAACAUCGAUAAGAAGACCGAAAACAGAAUUAUACGCAUAUUCCUACCAACCUUAAUCUCAGUGUUUGUUUGGAAUCAUCUGGAAUAUCCCGAAGCCGGACAAAACCUUCUGAAUGAAGUGAUUUUGAAGAGAUGACCUAGUUUUAUUAAUAUCUAGUUGAGCUGCUACUGCUAGUUGUCGACUUGACACGUUAUGUAGUGCCCGUAUUUCCUCAGAUCUCCUGUUGUUGAUUAAGUACUUAGCUCGUCUUGUUUAUCAGGUACUAUGUAUAAGUCAAAUAGAAGUAGCUCAAAUUCACAACACAAAGCUCCUCUCGUCGUGCUCCUGUCAGACCUGAAGCUUCUCCAGACUCAGCUACAUCUAGAUCUACAAUGCACCUGAUUUUUGUGGAUCUCCUUCUACUACAACACGUAAUGUUCUUUUUCUUGUGAACAACCUUGCUGUGAUUGUGAUACCAGAUGAAGAAGAACAACUACAUACCAUGAUAGUCAUAGACUAUAAACAUUGAAGAACCUUGUCGACAGUUGUAUCGACAACUUUUGUGUUUUUUUCUUGUAAAUUCAUCUUUGGAUUCGUGAUUUUUCAGACGAUUAAAUAGAGAACAAGCUUAUCUUGAUGUUGUCGAUAAGAUGAAGAUCUAGCACAAGCUUAAAGAACAAGGGAGAAACGCGCUAUCUCCAAGCUGUCCGCCUGUCGUCCUGCUCCUGAUUCAUUGUCGCAAUAUAAAUAUGUUGUUACCACCUGUAUAAAAGAAGUGUAUGAUGCGAUGAUGAACGAGCAAGAAGUGCCCGUAAAAGAAAUUAAGUACUAUGUAUGAUGUUUCAGGUGCGUGUUGAGCUAAUACGAUUUCCGUCUCAUCUUCAAUCUUAUCCUUUAGUAGUUGAUGUGGGCAGUGGGCUUCUCUCUCUCUCUAGGCCCUAAACUCAGUCUUAGGACAACAAGUACCAGUUCCAGUAGCAUCAAGGAUGACUGAAUUUUUGAACAACAACACAGGCAAGAUUAACAUAAAAAUAUUUUGAAGACCAGUUGUAGCUCCUUUUAACUCCACCAUAUCAUCCGUCCCAACAAGUAGGAAUCCAUUGUUGUAGCCGCCCUUCAUCUUACUUCAUGUUCAUCCCAACUGCGCGCUCAUUCUUGUAUCGUUGACAGGAGGUCUGAACAUAUGAAGAUGAUCUAACAUUGACAUUGUCUUAUUCUUCAACAUAGUCAAAAUAAGUCUUUUUGGUUUGAGCUUGAUGAGCUCCCAUUAAACCCAAAGCAACCACCAGACCGUCAGGAAGGUCCCUAGUGCCCUCACAUCAACGCCCUUAGUGACAGAUGGCAAGGGCGCUCGCGAGCGCGACACGUGGUGCGAGGCGGUAGGGCCCCGCGCGAACAUAAUAAUAAUAACAAUAUUGAGCUUGAGUUUGUAAAAAUAAGGUGUUUCUUUCCAUUUGUAACAGUAUAUAUGUCGAGAAAACGAAAUGGGUCUUUGCGGUCAAAUCAAAAAAAAGACGCGCAAUUAAAACAACCAGUUCUUGCAUAAUUAAAUCAAAAAAAAAUCAACCCUAAAUUAUAACAACC